GACCCGGUCAGGUUUCGCUUAGCGCGACAAGGCAUGUCCGGCAAGAUGCCGACCUCAGGGAUUUCGCACGCGCAGCUUUCGCAAUUGAAAAAAAAGCUGAAUCUUGGGAUUGAGAAAAGAGGCCGUUUCAGGCACUCUGUUUCUAGCAGUUGCCAGAAUUGAACGAGUAGAGCAAAGCGUGCCUGCGGAAGACCUUGGGAUGGCGCCAUUGUUCUUCCUGUGCUUCGUGUUUAGCGCGGGUUUAGAAAUGCAUAAGCACUUCAUCCAAACAAGCUCGGUUUUCGUCCACUGGCAUAGAUAGUCAGUGAAGUGAACACAUUUCAUGACCUCAGCUCAACUUCAGUCAUGGCGGUCAGUGUAAUUACAUCAAUAAAGAACAUAAUUGGAUUCAAGGGCAGCACAAGGAAAGGUCCUGAAGAGAGAACUGAAAGAGACGAAUCGCUGGAGCCUGUUCCCACUGUGGGGUUCCGUGUAAGCUAUACGAGAGGCACAUCUAAGUUAUAUGUUCGGGUGCUCGGCGCUAGACACCUUCCCUCUAAAGUUGGCGUCACUCAUGCUAUUGGUUACACAAUUAAGAUAGAAGAGAAGAACCACCAGUUGGAAGUGACGCUCUGUUAUACUCGAGGCAAUCCCGAGGAAGGCGAAACCGACACGCUUACUAUGGGAGUCACCAAGUUGCGCUGGAGUAUUGCAGCUACGCGGGAGUGCCAAGAGAAGAAUGCUCUUUUGUACGUGAAGUUGGACGUCCUUGAGGAUGGAGUUAGAAGUAUUAAGGCCUGCAAAACACGGCGUUUCCCUCCGAGCAUCUCUGUUCAUCUUCGGCCUGACAAAGACAACUCGGCCCUUACCGUUCAUAUACCAUCGAAAUGGGAAGAUCUGUCCUGCCAAUUUAGUCUUUGCACCAAACCAACACUGGGAAAGAAGACGGUUUUCGGAAGGGUGGUCCUGGGGCCUGGUUCUGAUCACUGGGAUAGGGCGUUCCAAACUCCAGCGCUAACAAUAACACAGUGGCACAGCCUUCGUUAAACAAUUUCUUUCUGCGGAUCUGAGGUACUCACAGCAAUGAUUAUGAAGAGUUUUCUCUUCUGUGAUGUGUAGCCCGCUAAAAGCCAAUGGACCUUUCGGAAGAACACAUCGCUUGAACUUUCACGGUGUAGUAUUAAACCAAGCGAGAAGUCAGCAAGAAUUAGACUGCACGCAGAGCAAGCAGCAUGCAUGAAGUGGGAUCUGGACGCACUUUAUUCCACAUCCCCCCAAAAUCGGCAUAAUGAAAUUACAGUUUAACAUUCGAGACUUUGUGUUUGUAGUUGUGACAGAGUAGCUAAAAUCCCAUAUUCAUAUAAGACACUGUACUCAUUACUUCUUAUUCAAUUGAUUCAUAUUUGUCAUAGAAAUUUGAUGAUAAGUUUUGUAAAGAAAGUGGUCUUCUGGGAUUUGGCAACGUGUAUAUGUGGUGUUAACCGACGUUUCGGAGGAACGUAUCGCCUCCA